CCUCAACUCGCACUCAUGUGGGCACUCGUCUUCGUGUCGCUCAUCGUCAUUUUGCUCACGUGGCACCGCUACUCGCACCGGCACCACAACCAGUACCCGUACGUCUACUCGAUGUUGCCGUACUUUGGCGCGAGCAUCCACUUCCGCCAUGGCACCGUGCGCUGCGUGCAACGCUGGGUGCGGCAGUACGGCACCAUCUUCAACAUCACGAUGCUCGGCGAGCCGCUCACGCUCAUCGCGGACCCGGCGCUCUUCCCGACCAUCUCCAAGCACCCGCAACUGAGCUUGGUGCCGCUCAAGACGCGCAUGAUGGGUGUCGGCUUCGGCUCGCACACGUACGCAAGCCUGCCGGACGAGACGAUCCACUCGAUCGCCACCGCGACGCGCAAGAGCCUGACGACGACCCUCGGCUUCCACAAGCCGUCGCUCGAUGCGUUCAACGACGUCAGUGCCACGACGUUGCUGCGAAAGCUGCAGCUGCCUCCGACGCCAACGCGCGUCGCACUCUACCCGUACCUCAACGAAGCGCUCUUUGAGACGCUUCUCGAGGUGUUUUACGGCACGGGCCUCUCGACACCGGCGUUCCGGGCCGACUUUAACGCGUGGGACGCCAAGUUUACCGCGCUGUACGCUGGCUUUCCGGCCACGUGGCUGGGCGUCGAGGCGCCCCGGCGUCGUAUGCAUGCGACGCUACGCCAGUACGCCGCGACGUGCCGCGACAAGUUGUCGUCGGUCGUGACCGACCGGCUGUCGAUCUGCGAGUCGCAUGGCGUGUCGCCCAGUGACACGGACGGCCACCAGCUCUCGUUCGUGUGGGCCAUGACGACCAACACGAUGCGUGCGUGCUUCUGGACCAUCUGCUACCUGCAAGAGCACCCGGCCGCGUGGGCCGCCGUCCAGGCCGAAGUCGAGUCGCACGUCGGCGCCAACGCCACGUGGGACCGGGACGCGAUCGAAAAGUGCGUGCGGCUCGAGUCGGCGAUCAAGGAGACUCUGCGCCUUGCCCUCAACUCGAGCGCGGUGCGGUACGCAGUGGACGACGUGACACUCGACUUUCCCGACGGCCGGCGGCUCGCGAUGCGCAAGGGCGACGGGCUCGUGCUCCAGAGCAACAUCGCCUACUACGACGAAGCGGCGUUUCCCGACCCGCAUAGCUUUGUGUACGACCGGUUCCUCGCCAACCCGAGCCUCGCCAAGGACUUUACGCCCUUUGGGUUCGGAAAGUACCUCUGCCCGGGCCAGCACUAUGCGAUGGACUUUGUGAAAAUCGUCGUCACGACGCUCAUGCUGCGGGCGACAAUCCUCAGCGUAGAAGGCCGCGCGACGCUCCAGCACAACUCGGUUGGCGUCUAUAUUCCCAAGGCCCCGCUGGCGGUGCAUGUGACGAUCCAAGCCCGCCAAGCGCCGCACGCUUGAUGCGUUGUCGCUAGCAUGAUUUCAUUUUCAAAACCAUGGUUGACAAUGUACAUGUUGUCAUUUGCA